GACAAAGUCAGAAUUCAGCUGUUGAGGUUAUUUCGGUUGCCUCUCUGCGUGUUGUCUCUGUCACAACAGAUCACUUUAUUUCUUGUCUCUGCGCCUCAAAAGGGACAUGCGUGUUUAGGUGACUAACCACAGGAAUAUCAAAAUGCCUAACCUUGAACAUCCAGCAUACCCAGCAGCUGACCUGCUUCGCUUGGAGAGUUUGGUGCCUUGUCGAGAGUCCCAGGUGUCCACGUUGCUGUCAAUAUUUGGCGAGCGUCAGCACUUUAGUUUUCCAUCCAUCUUUAUCUAUGGACAUACAUCUAGUGGAAAGACUUAUGUGAUGCAAACUCUUCUAACUACCUUACAGCUUCCUCACGUGUUUGUGAACUGUGUGGAAUACUUUACGUCACGACUUCUUCUAGAAGAAAUUCUCAUCCAGUUGCAAAGCUGUUCUUCUGGCACAGAGCAGACUUCUCCUGUGCAUUGUGAUACUUUGAAUGACUUUGUUCGUCUGUUUAAACAAGCUGUGGUCAGUCAGGAGCUUCAGGAUCAAACAAUAUACAUUGUUCUGGAUAGAGCAGAACAGCUGAGGGAAAUGGAAGCAAACAUCCUGCCAGCAUUUCUUAGGCUUCAAGAGUUGACUGACAGAAAUGUGACAGUUGUUCUGCUCAGUGAAAUAGUCUGGGAGCUGUUCCGUCCAAACGUUGGGUGCUUUGAGCCAUUCACCGUGUAUUUUCCAGAUUACAGCAUAGGGCAUCUGCAGAAGAUCCUGUCUCAGAAUCAUCCCCCAGAAUAUUCUGCAGAUUUCUAUGCUGCAUAUAUCAAUAUUUUGCUUGGUGUCUUCUACAUGGUCUGUAGGGACCUGAAAGAACUUCGGCAUCUGGCAGCGCUCAAUUUUGCUAAAUACUGUGAACCAGUGGUCAGAGGGGAAGCAAAUGAACGCGACACCCGCAAACUCUGGAAAAAUAUUGAACCUCAUUUGAAGAAGGCAAUGCAAACUGUUUAUCUCCGGGAAAUAUCCAGCUCACAGUGGGAGCGUUUGCAGCAUGAUGGUGGAGAGCCUGGGCAGUUGAAAGGACUUUCUGCACAUACCCAUGUGGAACUUCCUUAUUACUCCAAAUUUCUUCUAAUAGCUGCUUACCUUGCCUCCUACAAUCCUGUUAGGACAGAUAAGAGAUUCUUUCUUAAGCAUCAUGGGAAAAUUAGAAAGACCAACUUCAUGAAGAAGCAUGAGAAGACCAGCAAUCACCUACUCGGGCCAAAGCCAUUUCCCCUGGACAGGUUGUUAGCAAUAUUGUAUAGUAUUGUGGACAACAGAGUUGCUCCUACUGCAAAUAUAUUUUCCCAGAUCACCUCUCUCGUGACACUGCAGCUGUUAUCCUUGGUUGGCCAGAAUGACCAGCUUGAUGGACCACGAUACAAAUGUACUGUGUCUCUGGACUUCAUCAGAGCUAUUGCCCGGACCGUGAACUUCGACAUAAUAAAGUACUUGUACGAUUUCUUGUGAAAACAAGCUUCACAGCCAUAUGGACACUGUGACAAUGACUAAGGAAGGCAAGCUGUGUUCAUCUCUCUACUUAGCUGGCCAGAAAGAAGAGUAUUUUGGCUCUUUUGGAUUUGUCCAAACAGGUGCUGGCCCAGCAUGGAACCUGAUGAAAAUACUCUGAUUGGUCUGGGUGGAUCUGAGAAGAGGACUAUUUACCAGGGACCCUGGAGUAUUUGGAAGCAAUGUGUUAAUUAUAAACAGCAGGGUUUGAGCACAAUCUGUUCUACUCUUAAUGAUGUUAUCUUAACACUGAAAUUGCCUGAAACCCAUUUACUUAGGACUGCAUUUUGCUCUAUGAACUCUCCCCAGUGCUUUGAACAUGGCAGCAGCCGUUGUUUGUAUGCCCAGUCUUUUCACUUCCUCUCCACAGGAAUCUUUGCAAUUGCCUGCCAAAGCAGCUUUUCCUGAGGCCACCAUUUUAGGAGAGCGGAGUAGCAAAGUAUAAUAAACAUAAGAACAUAUUUAAAAACCAAGCUGGUAUAAAUUCUUCUUUCUCUUCAGUAGUAUGUAGGCAGAUUGUUACCCUAUUAUAUGGAGAUCACGAUGAUAGGAAAUUCCCAGUUAGUCACCAUACUGUCUUUUUCAGACCAUUCAUAAAUGUUGACUAUGAAUGUAUUUUUACAAAGCUCUGUUUUAAAAAAGUAAUUGAUUAUUAAAGU